GAGCUAGGCCAACUUCCCAUCAAUCCUCAGAACUUACCUUACAUUCGACCCAAGUCGGGAGGAACUUGCUACCUUGAUGAGGAGGCUGCUGCCCCCCCGUCCCCCCCAAAAAACGGUUGCUCCAGAUUUCAUGCAGACAAGCAGAUUUCAUGCGGGCAAGCAUGCAACCUUGGCUGCUAAGCAAUGCAUAGUCCGAGCUUGUCAACCCACACGGCUUUAAUUGAUUGAAUCGCCUCAGUUCGCCUUCCAAGAUGGACGUGGUUCAGGCCGCGUCGGGCUAUGUCACCAAAAUGGUGACGGCCGGCGAGAGCGCAACGGGGGCGCCGUCGGCCAAAAUGAAGAUUCUGCUUCUGGAUAGGGAGACGCUGCCCUUCGUCUCGACGGCUGUCACCCAGUCCGCCCUCCUCAACCACGAGGUCUAUCUCAUGGACCGCCUCGACAACCCGAACCGCGAGAAGAUGCGCCACCUGCGAUGUCUGUGUUUUGUAAGACCUCAUCCAGAUUCGAUCGGUCUCCUCAUCGAUGAGCUGCGGGAGCCGAAGUACGGGGAAUACCACCUGUUCUUCAGCAACGUCAUCAAGAAGUCAACCCUUGAGCGAUUGGCCGAGGCCGACGACCAUGAGGUGGUCAAGCUAGUCCAGGAAUAUUUCCUCGACUACGUUGUCAUAAAUCAAGAUUUCUUCUCGCUUAACAUGUCACUGCCCAUGCAUCGGCUAUGGGGCGGCAACCCAGACACGUGGAACACAGAUGCCCUGCAGCGGGCCACCGACGGCGUCAUCAGCGUCCUUUUAAGCCUCAAAAAGAAACCUCUGAUCAGAUACCAGAAGACCAGCCCGCUGGCCAAGAAGCUCGCUUCGGAAGUGAGGUACUACAUCAACCAAGAAAACCAAUUAUUUGACUUUCGUAAAGUCGACACGCCUCCCAUCCUCUUGAUCCUGGACCGGCGAGAAGACCCUAUAACGCCUCUGCUCAUGCAGUGGACGUACCAAGCCAUGGUGCACCAUCUUUUGGGAAUUAAAAACGGCCGAGUUGACCUCAGCAGUGUUCCGGAUAUUCGGCCAGAGCUCAGGGAAAUUGUCCUCUCACAGGACCAAGACCCCUUUUUCAAGAAGAACAUGUAUCUCAACUUUGGCGAUCUCGGAAGCAACAUCAAGGACUACGUGGAGCAGUACCAGGCAAAGACCCAAAACAAUGCCGGCAUCGAAUCAAUAGACGACAUGAAGCGCUUCAUUGAGCAAUACCCUGAGUUCAGAAAGCUCUCGGGUAACGUGAGCAAACACGUCACGCUCGUCUCUGAGCUCAGCAGGCGAAUCAGUGCGGAAAACCUUAUGGAAAUCAGCGAGUUAGAACAGAGCAUAGCCUGCAACGACAACCAUGCAGCAGAUCUAAAGAAACUCCAAUCCCAGAUUCAGAACCCCUCCAUCCCCGCCGACAACAAGGUCUCGCUCGUCGCCCUCUACGCGCUGCGCUACGCCAGACACCCGUCCAACGCCCUGUCGAUGCUGACCGACCUGCUCGUCGCAGCCGGGGGCGUGCCCGCCCGCAAGGCAGCCCUCAUCUCCCAGCUGCUCACCUACCACAACUCAUUGCAGCAGCAGUCGGCCUCGGCCGCGUCGGGCAUCACCGAGCUGUUCGAGUCGGCGGGACUCUUCAGCUCUGCGAGCUCGCGCUUCAAGGGCCUGAAGGGCGUCGAGAACGUGUACACCCAGCACUCGCCGCUGCUGGAGACCACGCUGCACCAGUUGAUCAAGGGCAAGCUGCGCGAGACGCAGUACCCAUUUGUCGAAGGGGGCGGGACCACGCGGGACAAGCCGCAGGACGUGGUGGUAUUUAUCGUGGGCGGCGCGACGUACGAAGAGGCGAAGACGGUGGCCGGCAUCAAUGCCUCCAGCCCGGGCGUCAGGGUGGUAUUGGGCGGUACGACGGUGCAUAAUGCGGCGACGUUCCUGGAGGAGGUCGAGGAUGCCGUUGGGGGCUGGCCAGAGGUGGGGGCGGGAAGGAGACGAUAGAGCUACCAUGGGGGAAGGCUGUCUUGUUUCGUGUAGGGAGGAGGAUCGGCCAACGGGCGUUGCUUGAAAUUUUGU